GCGGCCCCGACGCGUGCCCGCGACGCCGCGCUCUGGGAUACACCUUACGUAAUAACAACUAAUCGGAUCAUUUGCCCUAUACCGAUAAUCGAUCGUGAAGUGAAAAUUCGAUUUGUGACUAAUUAAUUUUUUUUGCUCGACCAGUGUUUGAACUUGUGCACCUUGUGACAUGUUUUGUUUUGUUUUCGUAAGGACUUAGAGAUUAUUUUUGGGCGGAUCUUUGACUGUGUUUUCCUUUUUAUUUUGUAUUGAGACACUGUGAGUGUGCUAUGUCGAUUUCCGAACUUUAAGAGUUCAUGUGAUAUAUUUUGACUUCAUAGUGUUGUGUGGACAUACACUGAGAAAUAUUGUGAUUGUUCUGCUCGCUUCCGAGAAACAAACAAACGAAAUCUACGAAGCACGCGAUACAGAAAAGAACAAUCGAUUCGCUCGCAACCCAGAAACCGAAAAACGAACACUAGCGAACUAACUUCACAACCCUACAAGAAAAUUUAAAAAAAUCUAAGGGUCACUUUGUAAAAAAACAUGCUGUGUUCUAUAUAUGACUUGAAUUGCAUGGGGAGCAAAGGGUAAUAGGUCAGUAUGCGCCUGGCGUAGGUGCGGUGCGGACGUCCGGAUGCACCCAACAGGCGCGGCCAGCCUCCCCGCCGCACCAGAGGCGGAGGUGCAAGCUAUGCACUCGAUGGAUUGGCUCUUCAAGAAAGAGAGGAUAUAUCUGCUCGCACAAUUCUGGCAACAGAGAGCCACACUGGCCGAAAAAGAAGUGACGACGUUAAAAGAGCAACUAGCAACAACAAGCCCUACGCCGAUCCAAGCUACAGUCCCGAAAACAAAUGGCUCGUUAGAGAGAGAGGGAGAAAUAUAUAGCCUGGAAGUAAAGCCAGAGAGAGAGGAGAAAAUGGAGCCAAGAAGCAAUAGCAAUUCGUGUCGGAGCAGUCCUGUGCAUCAGGGAGGAUUGGAGAGUGAAUUAGUUGCUAAGGAAAAAGAGAUCGCCCAACUAGUAGAAGACGUUCGCCGGCUACAAGCAUCACUUACAGCGCUGCAAGAGACGCAUGCACAGCAGUUACAACGAUUGGAAGAGCGACUGGAUGAGAAGAAACAGCACAUCGCGCGGCUCGAGGCACGACUUGACACGCAGCGCGAUUACGAUGACAUUAAACGAGAGAUCAGCAUGCUCCGAUCGCUAGACUUAUGCGGUGAGCGUAAACCGGAGCUGUCAUCACCAAUUGCAACGGCGCCGGACCGUCUGCCUGACCGAUUGCCGGACCGAUUACCGGAUCGACUGCCGGAUCGAUUGCCGGAUCGAUUGCCGGAUCGAUUGCCGGAUCGAAUGCCGGACAGGCUGCCGGAUCGUCGAGCCGCCUCGCCAGAUCGCGAUAGCGAGCGCAGCGCUGAGAGAAACCACGACCGCAGGGAUACUGGUGGCGAGGAGUGGACGAGCACGCCGCCGCCGCUCAACAACAACACGACGCACCACAACAAUAACGGACCCGUGCCGCUGCCGCUGCCGCCACCGAGCCCCUUCCGCUUCGACGAGCACCGCCCGUACCGCUUUGCCGAGGACAUGGGCCCGCUACCACCAGGCGCACUCGUUGGCCGCCUCGGUGACUCCCUAAUCCCGAAAGGCGACCCCAUGGAGGCCCGGCUGCAGGAGAUGCUGCGCUACAACAUGGACAAAUACGCCAACACCAACCUCGAUACGCUGCACAUAAGCCGACGAGUCCGAGAGCUCCUCUCGGUCCACAACAUAGGACAAAGACUGUUCGCGAAGUACGUCCUUGGACUCUCCCAAGGGACCGUUUCUGAGCUGCUCUCGAAGCCGAAGCCGUGGGACAAACUGACAGAGAAAGGCCGAGACUCGUACAGAAAAAUGCACGCGUGGGCGUAUGACGAAACGGCGGUCAUGCUACUCAAGUCUCUCAUUCCUAAGAAAGUGGGAUCCAAGGAUGGCAAUAUGGGUCCCGGCUUCGGGCGACCAGACGGCGAUGGUGACGAGCGUUUGACGCACAUCCUUAGCGAGGCAUCGCACUUGAUGAAGACGCCUACUGGACAGGUUCACAACGAUGAUUCUAGAAGCAACGAAGACUCGAGUUCUCCUCGCACACAGUGCCCAUCACCUUUCUCCAACAAGGAUUCGAGUCAGAACAGAAGGCUGAAGAAAUACGAAAACGAUGACAUUCCCCAAGAGAAAGUGGUCCGCAUAUAUCAGGAAGAACUGGCCAAGAUAAUGACCAGGAGAGUCGAGGACAUGCGCCACAAUCGCGAUGGCUUCCCUGGCAUGUUUCCUCCAUUUUUCAGCGGCGGCAUGCCACCACACAUGGAGCGACCCCCAGAAGAUAUCCGGAUGGCGCUCGAAGCUUAUCAUAGAGAACUAGCCAAAAUUCAACCUGGUGGAAACAUUCCCAAUCUGCACAACUUGCCAGGAAUGCCACCGUUCCCAAAUCUACUCGCUCUUCAGCAACAAGCUAUGCAGCAAGCUCAAAACCAACACAUGAACGGCUCAGGAGCGGUCCAAGAUCUCUCACUGCCGAAAGAGAAAAACGCCAAAAUGAAUGGAAUGACUGAUAGUGAUAAGGACAGACCAAUAGACGCUGAAGAGGCUAUAAGACACGCUGGCAGUGCAUUCUCUUUAGUCAAACCCAAAUUAGAACCGGGACAACAAUCGACUGGUUCAUCUGCGUCCAGCCCCUUGGGUAAUGCGAUACUUCCCCCAGCGAUAACGCCAAAUGAGGACUUCAGUAGUUCAGCAGCCGCUAGUCCCUUGCAAAGAAUGGCAUCAAUAACCAAUAGUCUCAUUUCGCAACCAUCCAACCCCCCUCAUCACACACCUGCUCAACGAUCGAUGAAAGCUGUCUUACCGCCAAUCACACAGCAACAAUUUGAUCUCUUUAACAAUUUGAAUACCGAAGACAUAGUCAAGAGGGUAAAAGAAGCUCUGAGUCAAUAUUCCAUCAGCCAAAGAUUGUUCGGUGAAUCCGUUCUAGGACUAUCUCAGGGGUCCGUCAGCGACCUGCUAGCAAGGCCGAAGCCGUGGCACAUGCUGACGCAGAAAGGCCGAGAGCCUUUCAUUCGAAUGAAGAUGUUCUUAGAAGAUGACAAUGCCGUUCACAAGCUUGUUGCAUCGCAGUACAAGAUUGCACCUGAAAAGCUGAUGAGGACUGGAAACUACAGCGGAGCACCUCUUGUUCCAGCAUGUCCGCCCAACAUGAACAAACCCAUGCCACCGACGCAGAAAAUGAUUUCGGAUGCCACUUCGCUGCUCUCCAAAAUGCAGCAAGAGCAGCUACUGAGCGGCGCGCACCUGGGCCACCUCGGGCAGCCACCACCGCUGCUGCUCACUCCACCGGGCUUCCCUCCACACCACGCAGUGACGUUACCGCCGCAGCAUCAUGACAACAACAACAAAGAACAUCGCAAACCUCCACCACCACCGCAACCACACCAGCCCCCGGUCAUGCGUGCGCUGCACCAGCACAUGUCACCCAGUGUGUACGAGAUGGCCGCGCUCACGCAAGACCUCGAUACGCAAACUAUUACGACCAAGAUAAAGGAGGCCCUCCUCGCCAACAACAUUGGUCAAAAAAUCUUCGGAGAAGCCGUCCUCGGCCUGUCGCAGGGUUCAGUCAGUGAGCUCCUCUCCAAACCUAAACCGUGGCAUAUGCUGAGCAUCAAGGGCCGCGAGCCAUUUAUCCGUAUGCAAUUAUGGUUGAGUGACGCCCACAAUAUAGAUCGCCUGCAAGCCUUGAAAAAUGAGAGGCGAGAGGCCAACAAGCGACGAAGAUCUAGCGGUCCUGGUCAGGACAAUAGUUCCGAUACAUCCUCGAAUGACACAUCAGAAUUCUACCAUUCAAGCUCGCCAGGACCCACGUCAGGGGCACCUUCGGCGAAAAAGCAAAGAGUACUAUUCUCUGAGGAACAAAAAGAGGCUUUAAGACUUGCAUUUGCACUGGAUCCCUACCCAAACAUGCAAACGAUAGAAUACCUUGCGACAGAGCUCGGUUUAUCGACGAGGACUAUUACCAAUUGGUUCCACAAUCACCGAAUGAGACUAAAACAGCAGGCACCUCACGGCUUACCAGCUGAACCGCCAGCUAGGGACCAAUCCUCGGCACCAUUUGACCCUGUUCAGUUCCGACUUCUUCUAAACCAGAGAUUGCUCGAACUACAGAAAGAGAGAAUGGGUCUGGCUGGGGUUCCGCUGCCGUAUCCCCCAUAUUUUGCUGCGAACUCAAAUUUUGCUGCGCUUAUCGGCCGUGGGCUGAUGCCCCCUGAGCAAGUGAAAGACCAAACCAGCGGGUUAGAUCUGUCCAUGCCUCUGAAGCGCGAACCGGACGGCGACGACUUUGAGGACGACGACAUAGAGAGCAACAUCGGCUCAGAAGACUCACUGGAUGAUGGGGAAAGUAAGACUGAGCCGAAAGCGGCGUCGACGCCCGCCGGUAGCGGGCGAUCCAGUAGGAGGAAACCCGCUGCACCACAGUGGGUCAACCCUGACUGGCAGGAUGAAAAGCCACCACGUAACCCUGACGAAAUCAUAAUCAACGGCGUGUGUGUGAUGAGAAGCGACGACUUCAAAAGAGAAGCUGAGGAGACGGUUCGCGUGGAGCCCUCGCCAGUGCCGAGGGAACCUUCCCCCGCCGUGUCCCCCGCACCGCGUACCCCUCACACCCCCCACACGCCAGUGACGCCGCGAGCGGCGCACACCCCUGUGGAAGAAGUGUUGUCAGACGACAAGAUAAAGUCCGAAACCGACGACGACAGAUGGGAAUACUAGACUAGUGAAUUUGUGUGAUAAAACUCUUGCCGAGUGUUAGUAGUGGGA